AUGCGUGCUGCAAAAGCUACAAUACUGCAGUGUCCAGUUCCGAAGUCGAUUCAACUAUCGAGUACACAGCGCGAAUAUCGUGAUAUUGCAAUGAAAUUUGCGAAAGAAAAAAUCAUACCCGUUGCAGCUCAUUAUGACAAUACUGGCGAAGUAAACAUUGAUUUCAACAAUUUCAGCGCUAAAUUUGUUUAUGAAAAUAUCGAGUUUCCAUGGGAUAUUGUAAAGGAAGCACAUCGAAUAGGCCUCAUGAAUCCACAAAUUCCUAAAAAGUGGGCUAGAAUUAACAAGUUUGGAAACCGUUCUGAUAGUGGAAGCGUUGUCUUAUGGUUGUUCCGCUAUUCAACUUUGCAUCAUGGGACCAUCAUUAGCUGCUGCGCCUCUUAUUAUAGCUGGAAACGAAGAGCAAAAAAAAAGUAUUUAGGAAUGCUUGCCGCGGAACCCGUUAUUGCAGGUUACUGUGUUACGGAACCGUCUGCGGGCUCUGAUGUUUCAGGUAUUAAAAUGAAGGCGGAAAAGAAAGGGGAUUCGUAUGUGUUGAAUGGUAUCAAAGCUUGGAUAACUGGUGGCGGACCAGCAAAAUGGUUCUUCGUACUGGCAAGAACGGAUCCAGACCCAAAAGUACAACCAGGAAAAGCAUUCACUGCGUUUAUUGUUGAUGGCGAUACUAAAGGAAUCAGUAGAGGGAAAAAGGAGCGAAAUAUGGGACAACGGUGCUCAGACACACGAACAAUAAUAUUUGAGGAUGUUGUAGUCCCGAUGCAGAACAUUCUCGGUACACUUGGUGCAGGUUUCAAAAUAGCAAUGGGCGCAUUUGACAUGACCCGUCCUGCUGUUGCAGCUGGAGCCGUCGGACUGUCGUGGCGUGCUCUCGAUGAAGCAUGCAAAUAUGCGCUAGAAAGGAAAGCAUUCGGAGCGCCAAUUGUUGCGAAUCAGGGAAUAUCGUUCAUUUUGGCGGACAUGGCAGCAAAUCUGGAACUUGCUCGGCUAGUCACAUACCGUGCUGCGAUGGCUAUCAGCAAUAAAGCAUGCUUUUCGUAUUACGCUUCGGUUGCUAAAUGUUUUGCUGCUGAUAGUGCGAACAUCGCUGUAUCCAAUGCCGUGCAGAUUUUUGGAGCUAAUGGAUUCAACAAAGAAUAUCCAGUGGAAAAACUGAUGCGUGAUGCGAAAAUCUAUCAAAUUUAUGAAGGUACAAGUCAAAUACAACGAAUUGUCAUUUCACGCCACAUUCUACAAAAAGUUGCAAAUACAGGAAACGCUUCCUGA